GCCCAGGUUUGCUUUUCCCUUGGCAAACAGUCAGGGGACACGCCCAGGCUCUGCCCACUGCGAGGCAGGUGACCUGCAGGGCUCAGUCUGCUCCAGCUCCAGCAGGGGAUGGCAGCACCCUCACCUGCCCUGGAGCAUGAGACGGGGCCUUCUUCAGGGGCACCAGAGCCUGGCACGGGAGCAGAGGCUGCAGCCCCCCUGUGGCAGCCUUGUCAGACCAGGUGAAAGCAGCAGUAACAAGAUGGAGACGAGAGGCUCGGGGCCGGAGAUGCUGGGCACGGAGGGCAUCCAGGGUCCGUGGCGCACCCACUUGGCCAUCCACCGGCUUCGGCAUGCCAGCUGCUGGGAGACUCUGUCUCUUCUGAAGGACGGGCAGGCCACUGGGGCCCCCCAAGUUCCCAUGGAAGAAGGCACUGGCAGGGAGGCACCCCCCAAGCAGGGCCCCCAGAAAGAGCCUUCCCAGCCCCCAGCCAGUCCUACUGAUGCCCGAGGGCUGAGCCACUACCCUUUCCCAAAGAGAAAAGCACCCCGGGUCUCUGAGGCUGCCAGGAGGCUGGGCCUCUACAGGCCCACCUGAAGCCUAGGCGGAAAGGUCCCGAAUUUGCCUGGGGAUCUCCAGGCACGGGGAGCUCAUCACCUCCACUGGAGGACAGCUCAGGCCAAGAGGAACUACUCCCCGAUAGGACCCUUACUCCCACAAUGGAGGCCGCAGAUCGGGUCUGGCAGGAGGGGCCACAGGGCUCUGCUGCCCUUCCGAGAGGAGCCCUGGGGAGUGGAGGCUCUGAGAGGGGAGCUGGGGGGACACCACUGAAAUGUUUCCACAGUGGCCACGACCCCAAUAAAGCUUCUCUGGGAUAAAGGAA